UUUAUCGGGUAAGUAAGCAUUUAUUUAAGUAUUUAUAAAUGAAUAGUAUCAGAAUAAAUACAAAAGACAUUAAUACAGUAAGUGGUGAUUUUAAGUAUGUCAGUGUUCACAUUACCUUUUCCAAACCUCUCCUUGUGGCAGCCUAGCAUUACUUGUAAUAUCAUCCAACACCUGGUUUGGCUAAUCAGUACUUCAUUAUGUUAAAUCAAGUGUGCUGGUGAUGGAAUUAAACAAAUACAAGUGAAGACUGAGAACAAAAAAGCGCAAAUGAUUCAUGCAUAUUAAUCGAACAGAUUAGGUGUGGUUUUACCUACAUCUAGCUCAAAUACAAUCUCAUCUAAUUUGUGUCAAACACCUGAGCAAUGCUAUUGAUCGCUCAAACGCUAAUGCUAGCUAGCCAAUCAAACUCCAGUGGACUAACUAAAGUUUUAUGUUGAUCGGAUAAUUCUGGGGCAGUAUGCUAAUGGGGCCUCUUGCUCCUUGUCUUUGGGGGGCUUCUUGCCUCGAAGAACUAAGUUUAGGUCCCCUCAUUUGAUCAGGAGAGAAAUGAAGUGGGGGAUAGUUCAUGUUACACUGCAGGGCUUCUUCCUAAGUUACUCUAUAAAAAUCAUAACACAAGUAACAGUAUUAAUGUACUCCAAAUGUAUGUAUUUUGUGGUUCUGACCAACAUGAACAGCCUGUAUUUUGUGGUUCUGAGCAACAUGAAGUGUGAACAGUUCCCACCCUAACAGGCUUCUGGUAGAUUCCCCACCCCCUCCCAUUAGAGCAGAUGGGGUGGCUUGGUGGGAGAAGGAAAAUGCUGUGUUUUUCCCGAGUGUUCCACUGACAGCCUUUAAAUGGGAGUGCAGGGGUUGAGGAGUGAAGAAGGCAUGUUCCUCCCCUAGCAGCUGAUACCAUCCGUCCUAAAAAUAGCCCCCACACACCACGCUUAGUCUCUAGCAAUCACUGCUUUUUAAAAGCCCUGAGAUUUCUACUGGAUCACAUAUUAAAAAGACAAAACACCUUUUACUACAAAGGCCGCACUUUGAAGAAUCAAGAUGCCAAAGAUCGUCAGACCUGAUGACUGUCAACCAGCCAAAACAGUAUGGUUUGACCGCAAAAAGUACAUUACUAUAAACUUCCUGAUUCAGAAUCCAAAGGAUGUUCAAGUUGACAUUCAGGACACCAAAAUCAUCUUAUGCUGUAAAGAUGUAGAUGAUAACAACAUCUACAACGAGAUUGAAUUUUACGCCAGAGUGUACAAAAAUGACUCCAGGGAGAAGGUAGGCGAUCGCACCAUUAAUGUCUUGAUAAGGAAAGUGAAGGACAAUGUAGCAUGGCCUCGGCUCACCAAAGACACAGCCAAGCCAGCCUGGUUAUCAGUAGACUUUGACAACUGGAGAGACUGGGAGCAUGAAGAAGAAGACGGCAUGGCAGAGUAUGAACAGUACAUGGACAUGCUUUCUGAUAUGAAAAAGAAAGGAGAGCCACCCUCUAUGGAUGAUCUAGAUGAUCUUGUAAGUAUAAAACAAAAACAUGGAAAAUCAUUUUUUUGUUUGUGACUCUAAAUCCACUAUAUGUGACAUGUUUAAUAUUCUUAUCUUUUCAGAGUGACUGAACGAAUACAUUUUGCCAGGGUAAAUCUUCACUGUAGGAGAAAUUUAAAUAUGUAAUGUUUAAAUUGUUUGUUUGAAUUGUUAAUGUUUGAACUGUUAAUGUUUUCAUCUAGCUUAAAAAUUAUUUUUUUCCUCCUCAAAGGUCAUUUUGCUGUAGAAAAAGGCAGGUUAACAAAUGCAUAUAGUUGUUUCUUUUUCUACUCUUUACAUAUCUGAUCACUUGUUUAGUAUAUUUUCUACCAUAAUGCUUUGUAAGGAUGUUGAGACAUUUGUUUGUGUAAAACACUGAUAUCAAAUAGUUAAGUGUACAUAGGCUACCUAAAUAAAUAUGCUGCUCUUUGUAAAGUAACAUAUUUUAAGAUGAACUGUGUUUUACUGUAAAACAAAUGUAAUGCUGAAAAACUGAACAUACCUUUGUUGUAAUAAAAAAAACACCCUGUCCUGA